GAAAUAUUGUGACUACACAUAAAUUUUGAGCAUUCACUUUCGUACUAGUAUAACGUUUGGAACAGCUGAUCUAUUAAUGCUUGUGUACAUGUGAAUAUAUUUUUUUUUAUUGUGAUAUACCUUUUCCCAUUCAAUUAAAAGCUGAAAUUGUUAGGAAAAUAAGGGAGAUGAGUGUUGGAAACAAAUUGAGUCAAAGGUUGCUAUUGUUAUAUUGUUCAUUUACUUGCAUUUACUUCCCUGGCAUUCUGAUAUUACUUAAGUUAAAUGAUAAUUUGUAUAAUGUGGGAAAGUAUAAAUUCAUUCCAGUACUAUUGAUUCUGCUUUUUGCAGAAGUAAUCAAAUUGAUGUUUCCCAUGUUUCACUCUGAAACUACGCUUAUAACAAAAACUGAAUUAAAGACAUCUUCAAGAGCUAGAAGAACUUGGUCUAGAUAUCUAAAAGAAAUUUUCAAAUUUCUGUUAGCUGGUUUCCUUUUAUCCAUUGUAUAUUACAUUAUAAUCAUAUUGUUUGGUGCACCAGUAUUCAUGCAUCAUGAAGAAACUACUAUGCUCACUGCCACACUGACUACACUCACAUUUGUUCCUGCAAGUUUGCAUUUAGGAGUGGAUGGUGCACUAGAAAUAAUAACAGGAGCACAAUCACAGAAAGGCAAUGUUCUAGUAGAUGCUAUAAAGACAAACAUUCAAGCUACUCUUUUAGGCACAUGGUUGGGUGCUAUUGUGAUCCCACUAGAUUGGGAUCGACCAUGGCAAGCUUGGCCAAUUCCAUGUGUUUUAGGUGCUCUCCUUGGCUAUACAGUUGCACAUUUUAUUACACUUGUAAAAACAUUACCUAUGUUGGCAUUAGAUAAGAAAGUUCACAGAUAAAUAUCAGUGAUUGUGCAAAUAAAUAAAAUUGAAAGUGAUAAAUUCCAAUUGAUAAAUGUAACAUUUUGUACAUGGAAUAAUUUAUUUCAAUAUUGAGACGUGUUUAUAAUUAAUUGAUCUCUUCUGUAUUAUUAUAGUUUUGAAGCAACUUGAAACUACUGGAGAGUGAUUGUGCAUUUUGAAUGAUAUGCAAUGAAAAAUUUUUUAGUCUUUAUUAAUGACACCAAAAUUAUUUGCUACUUUAUACAAUGCAAUAUGAAAGAUAAAAGUUAAGAGGAUGAUUUAUAAAUCUAUGUACAAGUUGUAGAAACAGCUAAACAGAAUAAAAAUUGUACCAUACAAAGUAGGCUUUAUCUCCGAUAGAAGUCAUAUUAGGUCAAAUUAUAUAAUGUUUCUGAUGUAAUAAUUUGAUAAUGUUUGAGAUUAAAAUGUUGUCAGAAUAAAAUUUUGUUAAUAAAAAUCGUUAUAUACUUUUUAUUGAAA